AUGUCGGACCUUCAGAAGAGCCUGACGCAGAUUGCGCUCAAUCCAGCAUACCAUGACCUGUUUACGAUCCUCAAGGGUUUCCGCAAUGGUAUCGUGUACGGAGCCAAGAUUCGGUUUCCACAUGCGCUCGUCAUGACCUUCUUGUUCGGUCGAGGCACGCCGCGUGAAAAGCUCACGUUUAUCUUGCGCGCCACCAAACAACAUGCUUUGAACCUGGGAACGUUCACGCCACUGUACAAGUUCUUGACCAUCGCUCUACGCCGGCUGUUUGAAGCAGCGGGUGGAAAGGGACCGGUUCCCAAGUGGCACAGUCUGGUAGCGGGUCUGAUCGGAGGCUACUACGUGUUUGGCGAGAGGACGCCGGUAAACGAGCAGAUUGUGCUGUACACGUCGUCGAGAAUCAUCGCAUCUUUCUUACCGAGAGCAGAGACCCCCAAGGACUGGCCUGCUGGUAAGCCAAAGCCGACCGACAAGUCGUGGUUCGCCGCUUACGCUACGAUCACGUGGGGAGUGGUCAUGUACCUGCACCAGUACCGACGCGAGACCAUCCAGACGGGGAUGGUCAACAGCAUGGACUAUCUUUACCACAAUGCGGAGAAGUGGGACAGCUUGCGGAACCUAUUCUGGCACAACAAGUGA